ACGUAAGCAAGAGUGCCGCGGGCAAGGUGUGGAGCUGACCGGAGGUUCACCGCAGCCUCAUCGCAUCUAGGGUCCUUCGAGAUACUGAAGGCAUUUUCUCAGACAUGUUUGUGGUGUGAUAUGUGAAAGAAACGAUAAUAUAAGGAUCACUGCACUCCCAUGAAGAGACAGGUGUGGGUGGUGCUGGCCAUGGUGGGGGCAGCUUACCUCCUGGCGAUUCUCUGCUUAACCUUCAGAUACAGUCACCUAUUUGUCCAAGAUCUUAUUGAGAAAGAAGACACGGACAUCAGAAAGUCAUCAAAUUAUGAGAGCCUCAACAAUUUUACAUCUGCAUGGGGACCUACACUACCCAAAACCAAGAAGGAUGAGAAGCCAGUGGUCAGUGGCAUAAAGAGAGACACCUACUUAAACAUUGAUGUGUCAGUGUCCAAGUGGAUGCUAGAGGUCAAGGUGGACAUGAAAGUGAUUUUGUACGAGAAAAUGGUUAUGGCUGACAUCAAAUUUAUGAAGAAAGGGGGAAUGUACCUACUUGUACUGAAUCCUACCACAGCCACUGUCAUGCACUUCUCCAAGCAUAGGACCUUUGAGCGCUCUGGGGACCGCGAACUUCUGAGGGUUGUGAAAGGCGUGCAGCCUGGGAGGAUUCUAGUUUUCGCUGCUCUGCAUGAGGGGUUCAUGCAGAUGUCUGACUUGACUGUGGGUUGGAUGCGGAAGACUGGUUCACGGGCCAUUUUUGACAUGACCAUGGGUGACAGGUGGGCAUGGAUAUGGACCAAGGGAGGACAGACAUGGGCUGAAGGAGCUGUGUUUGCUCGAGAUGGAGACAGUCUCAUGCUGCAGGGUGGGCCGCUCCGCCUCCAGGCCAACCUCCCGCGCUCUACAUUAUAUGAAGUGGAAUGCUCUAACUGGCCUAAUGGAAAAAGAUGGUCAGAGCGGAAAAGAUUCUGUAAUCGCUUUGAGGGUUAUGGUGAUCUCUGCAGCUGCAAGACCCCCGAGCUACUACCCUCCAACCAGAUGAGGAACAAAAAAGGAGAAUGGGGAGAGAGCACCAUACCGACAGUGGUGGUGGCGAGUGAACGCCCCUUGCUGCUACACAGGUGCCUUCGCCGGCUGAUGUCUGUGGCAGGUAGUAGCCCUGAAAGGACGUUGGUGGUGGCUGAUGGGGACCUUGAUGGCAGGCUACAAGAGGUCCAAGCGGUAGUCAGCCUUUAUGGAAUAAUGUUUGAGGGUCAUGAUGCUGGGGGAAACAAUGUCACCCUGCGCAUCACCCGCCACUACAAGACAGUGAUGGAUGCUGCAUUCAGAACCUUUCCUGAUGACCCUUAUGUCAUCCUUCUCGAGGAAGACCUCUACGUGGCUUCAGACUUCUUCAGCUACUUUGCUCAAACUGCACCACUUCUGAUGAGUGACCCAACUCUCUACUGCGUGUCUGCCUGGAAUGAUCUGGCGCGAGAUGAUUCUGGUGGGAAUCCGAGACUUGUCAUGCGCUCUGAGACAAUGGCAGGGCUGGGCUGGUUGCUGUCAAAGAAGGUUUAUCAGGACGUGAUUACAAAGUGGCCAGCACAUGACAAGUUUGCAGAUUGGGACAUGUGGAUGCGACUACCAGAGAUUCAACAGGGUCGAGAGUGUCUGGUACCCGAGGUCUCCCGUACCUUCCACUUCGGCUCCAAGGGUGCCCACCUGACAGACUACUUCCAGGCAAAUUUUUACGCCCAUGCUUCUUUCAACACUAUGGCUCACGUUACUCUUGCUGAUCUUGAUAUGUUAGGGCCAACAUCUUAUGACCAACAUUUGAAGGAGUUGCUUUUUAAUGGCGUUCAUCUGGACGGGGAUGCCACCAACCCAUGCAGCAAGACUCUCCUCCCUCGGAACUCUAGCAGCGUCUACAUCCUCUGGAUCAAGAUGAAUGAGGCAAGAGAUGAAUUCACCUACAUGGGUGUGAUGUCAUGCUUGCGGCUGUGGAACCUCGAUCUACGUGCACACCACAAGCUGUUGUGGCGCCUGAGGUGGAAAGGCACGUGUCUUCUCGUGGUGGGGUGGCCAGCGUCCCCAUUCUCAGUCCUCAAGCCAAAGGAAGUGCGGGUACUGAUGAGAUAUGACCCGCUCAAACCCGAGGAGGAGUUCCCUGUGUACAAAUACCUGUCCACAAACAAAACUACUUCUAUCAAUACGUCCCUGACCUGACACCACCAAAUCAAUGGUCCUUAGGUGAUAUUACAUCAUAUCUAAGUAUGUAGACUUAAGUUCACGGGCAGUAUUACAAUAGCACAUAUAGGUUCAUCCAAGAUCUAUAUAAUAGAUCUUGGCUACAUCCAUCAGCUAUGAUACAAUGGCACCAACAACACAUACAAAUUGAUAAGACUUAUCAACGAAACUUUAAUAACAAACACCAGCAGGAAUAGCUUCAUUUUUCUACAAUCAUGCUUCUUUUGCUGCUGCUAAGGGCGGGUGGGAAUAAAAGUAAUAUAACCUAAUAAUAAAAAAGGUCGUAAUGCAAUGGAUUUUUUUUUUCAAACAACAGGUUGUGGCAUAUCUGUUAAAUACAACACUGGUUAAGUUGGCUGUCAAGGAACUCUUAUCUACUAAAACGCAGGGCCGCCGAUUUUCUAGUAUCCAGCUGUGCACUGUUGUAGCGCAGGCAAGUCCACUUUGCCUCUGAGCUAUUGGAUCAUGUUAGAGGUAGGGGGUUCACCAGAACAGGCAGCCUUUUCUGGUGAACUCCCUACCUCUAACAGAUCAUAAUAUAUUUAUCUUUUAAUUUGUGUCCUACUCGAUCUAUGGUAUCAUAUGCAUUUUCGAGCCCACAUGGAUCUAAUAUAUAAUUAUAAAGCCUAUAUUUAUACUUUUUUUUCAGCACCCUCUCCUCCCCUGGAUACACAGCAUAUUAUGAUAUAGCUACUUUUUUAUUUUUUAUUUUUUUUUACCGGUAUUUCGUUGGGGAUAUACCCCAAUGGAGGAAGGCGGUGCAUGCCGCGCAACAACCCCAGAGGGCUGGUAGAGAUAUACCCAAUUCUUUCAAGGAAACACACUCUCUAAGCGACGCUUCGACGAAGAGGGAAGAGCUUCACUGAGAAUAUGGCGGUGAGGGUGUCGGAAAGAGCCCACCUUUCCACCCCCAUGGUACGGGAUAGGUCUCGAACCCACGCCCUAGCAACCCGCCGAAGCGCAAGGCAAGUGCAGUAACCUGCACCAGCCUGCUAAGUCUUUUCUUGCUUCUCCUCUAUAAUACCAGCAUAAUACACACUCAUUCUACACUUUCUUACUGUCUGUCAUCUCCAGGAAAUAAAAUGGUGGAGAACUCCG